AUGUAUACCAAAAAGAAUCAUUCAGUUGAGAAUAUAAAACUGCAAUAUAGCAAGUUUUAUUCCUCAUCACAAAUCAAUCCCAAUAAUUCAUCAACUAAUUUAUCCAAAAUCCCUCGUUCUCCAGCAGCCCCAACGCCAGUCAGAGUAGAUUCUUAUUUCGGAGGGAUACCCACCCCUCCAAGAUUAUCCAAAACACCCAGUUUUGGAUCAUUUCAAUAUCCAAUCACACCACCAUUAUCUGCAAAUCCAUCAUUCACUUCAUUACAACAUGCAUAUCCAUUAACACCUCCAUUAUCAAAAUCAUCUUCCCCAAUAACAAUUCAUGAAACUAAACAACAAUCCACUUGGUCAAGUUGGAUCCCACCUAUCAAUUAUAAAAUAACUGGUUUAUGUAUAUUAUGGUAUUUGGCAUCAAUUAUUUCAAGUAAUUCAACAAAAUUAAUUUUGAGUGAAUUUAGUUAUCCAAUUACAUUAACGCAAUUUCAAUUCUUAUUGAAUUCAAUGUUAUGUUUGAUUUUAUUAGCAAUUGUAAAUCGAAAUUCCAAUUUAUCAAAGAUUCUUCCAGCAGGAGUCAUACCGAGUUCAGGUAAUAUUAAGAAAUUUAUAACUCCAACUAGAUUAAUCAUAAAUACAACAUUACCAAUGGGUUGUUUUCAAUUCAUUGGUCAUAUCACAAGCCACAAGGCAACUUCAUUAAUCCCAGUUUCAUUAGUUCAUACUAUGAAAUCAUUAAGUCCAAUAAUCACGGUAUUGAUCUAUAGGAUAUUAUACAAAAAGCAAUACAAAUUAGUGACAUAUCUUUCAUUAAUCCCCUUAAUUUGUGGGAUCAUGUUAACUUGUUAUAAACCAACAACCACCACCACCACCACCACCGGCAUGGAAUAUUAUGGAACUGGAUUAUUAUUUGCAUUUUUCUCCAUGUUGAUAUUUGUAUCACAAAACAUAUUCGCCAAGAAAAGAUUAACAAUCGAGGAAACCUCCUCCAUUCCAUUAUCAUCCAAAUCCAAACACCCUUACUCCUCCCCCUCAUCCCAGGAUCAAAAACUAGACAAAUUAACAAUCCUCUUCUAUUGCUCAAUAAUCGGAUUCAUCCUCACAACACCCAUCUAUUUCAUCUCCGAAUUCCUCCACCAAACCGGCACCCAAAUAUCCAUCCUCGAACUCACCCCAAGAGUUUCAAUAUUGGUAUUGAUAAAUGGUACGAGUCAUUUUUUCCAAUCUUUACUUGCAUUCCAAAUAUUAGGAUCAAUUAGUCCGAUAAAUUAUUCAAUUGCAAAUAUCUUAAAGAGGAUCUUUAUAAUUUUUGUUUCGUUUAUUUGGGAAUCGAAGAAUUUUUCAAAUUUACAGAGUUGCGGGUUAGGGUUGACUCUUUUUGGGUUGUAUUGUUAUGAUAGAUGGGGGGUUAGAUAG